CAAAAAGUUUGUAGAUUUAUUUCAAUGUUCAAAGGAUUUAUUAUACGGUUAAUUUAAAUAAUGUUAUUUUCGAGUACGUAAGGGGGCAGCAAAUCGUAGGAGGGUGAAGCUGACCUUAGAAAGCACAGGGGCAGAAUGAAACGAAGCAUAGAAAAGAGGAAGAGUAGUAGUAGUAGUGGUAGUGGUAGUGGUAGUGGUAGUAAUAGGUAGUAAUGGUGGUGGUGGUGAUGGUGGUGGCGGUGUUGGAGAAAAAAGAAGAAGAAAAAGAAGGAGAAGCGUGUACACGCGCGAAAGUAAGAGGCAAGCGAGAGGACAGAACGAUGUAUACCUGGGACGCCUGGUGUUCGCCAACACCUGCUCCACAUCGGUAUCCCCCAAUGCCUUUGUCCAGCCAACGGAUAUAACACACGCGUACCUCGUCGAAGAGACGCCAGUAAGUCUUUGAAAGUCCAGGAAAACGGACACGCGUGUAGAGUCCUUAGUUUCCAUUAUUUAUAACACAAGAUUCGCAUACACAUUGUGGUGGUCCAUGACAUAAAUAUUGAUCAUUUAACAAACACGUGUAUUUUUUCUUACUUUAUAAUAUUCAUUAGAUUAUUAUAGACACAAGAUUCAAUACAAUUUUGUAUAUUUUGUGAUCUAUGAUAUCGAUCAUUUAAUGAAUGAUCAAUCUUAUAUUCGUAAUUGGUAUCAACGAUUAAUAUAGAGAGUGAUUAUCGGACUUGAAACUUCUUUUCAAUGAAACAAAUUUCAAGAAACAAUAUGUUGACUCUGUGUUUAUUAGUCAUUUUUAUGUUGAAUGACACUAUUGGUGCUAGUACGGUGCCUAUGAAUAAUGAAAAUCUCGAAAAUUUAGUGAAAUCAUUGAAAGAACAAGUUAACGCACUUCUUUAUCAUCGUCAGGAGGAUUACAAUGCUUUGGAGGAAAGUUUGAAACAUGCCAUCGAGAAAAAUACAGAGUUGAUUGUACUCAGGAAAGAAGUUGAGUUAUUGAGGAAAGAAGUAACCGAGUUGAAAGGCGGAAGCGGUAACGAGGCGAAAAACGAGCGUUUGAGGGUGAGAUGGUUGGGUAGUGCGGUAACCGAAUUGCAAACCGAAGUUGCCGAAGUUCUAAGAACGAGAAAUGCUAGCGAAGAAUUAGCUGAGAGAUCAAGGAUGAGAAGCGAAUUGUCCCUUUUAAAAGGUGACGUAGCUGAGGUCGGAAGAGGUAUUCGUAAUCUUGGUGGUCGCAUUGCCAAGUUUGAAGCUGCCCUGGGAACAAUUCGCAUCGACAUUACUGCCGUAAAGGAACGUGCCAGCAAACUGUCCCGCACCUGCGCCGAUGUCGCUAGUCAGAUUGGUACCGUGCAAAUCGAAUUGAAAUCAUUGAAAUGUGAUACACCAAGCGAUCAUAAGUUCCAUCGGUUUUCCGUCCAUCGACACGAGGACAAGGCACGCGAGGACAACGAGAUUAAGAAUGAAGUUCUACUACACGAAAGUAGAAGGAGGCAUAGUUAUACAAAACCUUUGAUGAUGCAUCGUAUCGAGGAACGUCUCACCAAUCUGGAACAUAAAAUCUCGUUAGUAUCGAGGAAACGUGGAAUGAUCGAACAAAGAGUUGUAUAUGAAAAUCAGGAAUAUUUGGUCGGACGUGUAGCUAAUUUAGAAACGGCUCAGGGACAAUUAUAUUUGCAUAUGAAAAAUAUUAGCAAAGAAUUAUCCUCGACGAGUAAACUAAGCGAAACAAUGGUCGAAUUGUUUGAAACUGUUCAGGGAUUGGAGGACAAGGUAGAUGCUAAUGGAUCGGAUACUAAAAGAGAAAUCGCGAGAUUGGAUAUUAAUGCUGCGAGAAAGGCAGCUGAAUUGUCGUUGACUAGGGAAGAAUUAUCUAAUCUUCGAAGAGCUGUACAAGCUUUGAGUGUUAGUGCUUCUAAGCUUCAAGAAAGAAGCGAUAAGCAUCAGAUAUCUCUAGACAUGCUUAACGAUACCCUCAAUCGUCUUGACUUAUCGUCGUCUAUAGAAAAAGCAAGCAACAUAACUCACGAGCUCGAGCAGGUAGAAGAUCAGUAUCGUUUGAUCGUCGAUGCCUUACCAGGUAAUUGUGAUGAAAGAGAUGGGCUUACUUUGCUUGCACCUGGACCAGGUGCACCGUUACUAGCCUCGUGUCAUAAAGGGUGGAUUGUUAUCUCAAGGCGGAUCGACGGUAUGGUCGAAUUCGAUCGAACUUGGAACGAUUAUGCAGCAGGUUUUGGUUCACCUGUUAAUGAAUUUUGGAUAGGUAAUGAAGCACUUCAUAGACUUACUCGAGACAACUGCAGCAGGUUGAAAAUCGAUUUAAUGGAUAUAUAUGGUACACAUUGGCAUGCUGAAUACGAAUAUUUCAAUGUUGAUUCUGAAGAAUCCGGUUAUAAACUCCACGUUUCCGGUUAUUCCGGAAAUGCAACCGACGCAUUGUCCUAUCAGAACAAUAUGGCCUUCAGUGCUAAGGACAGAGACAUGGAUAUUAGUUCCACUGAUUGCGCUGCUAAUUAUCACGGUGGAUGGUGGUUCAGUCAUUGUCAACAUGCUAAUUUAAAUGGUAAAUACUCGUUAGGGCUUACUUGGUUUAAGUCUAACACGAACGAGUGGAUGGCCAUUGCUUCCUCCGAAAUGGCAAUACAAAGAAAACAAAACUGCCGAUAAUUUUCUUCGAUUCAUUCUUU